AUGGUCGCACACGAUGACCCCAAAUCCAAAGGCACCGCCAAGGCGACCAACGAUGAUCUCGAUCGAGAACCUGUCGUCGACUUCAACGCCCUCCCAUCCGAGGUUGUCCAAUCCUACGUCUCCUUUUACGACCUAGCAUCAUCCUACCCACCGCAAGACACGUCUGAGGCCGACCUCGCAUCCUCCUCCUCCGGCCGCAAGCGUAAAGGUCGUGCCUACUCGCCUCUUCCCACCACAUCGAGUCGAAAGCGGACCGCUGCGGAGAACAGUGCAGUCGAGACGGCAGCAGCUCUGGGUGCCAACGCAAAAACCAACGAGGACGAGAUUCCGUGCCCUCCGCACUUCUUCGAUGCCGAUGCAGCCACGAACUACCUGAGUCAAGUUGCGACAAAUCACUUUGCAUCACAGCCAGCACCCAAGGAGGGCGAGGUGGUCGUUGGGUUUCUGUACAAGUGCAGGGCAAAGGGCGAGCUGAACCGGCCGUUGGCGCAUUACAAGCUCAGCGAGGCGGCUGCGGAGAAGGCGCAGGUGCCAGAAGGUGUUGCGCAGCGAAGCAGGUAG